UUGAGUGAUUUCACUCCAGAAACAGAACAAGAAGCAGCAGAAGCAGACGCAUUAAAAGAAGAAGAAGCAAAUUCAGAAGAAGAAGAAGAAGCAGAAGAAGAAGCAAAAUUAGAAGAAGAAGAAAAGAAGCAGAAACAGAAAAGGAAGAAGGAUCAGAAGAAAAAGCAAAAUAAUAAGAACAAGCAGAUGCAGAAGCAAAAGCAGAAGAAGAAACAAAAGAAGAAGAAGAAGCAGAAACAGAAACAGAAGAAGAAUCCUCAAGACCUGUCCACUUUCCGGUCAGUUUACUGUCCUGUGUUGCCACCUCCUGUUUACUUUGCUCCUCUCCCGCCUCCUCCCCUCAAUUUCGAUUGGCCAAUCCAACUGAGACCUCCUUUCCGGGUCUCCAUAGUCUUCUCACAGACUAGUUUACGAUCGUUCCGGUUGAGUGAUUUCACCUCAUUCCACUGCACGCAGACCAUCAUAAGCCUCGACGCCACAACCGCCGACAUUACAACCAGCAACGACAACAUCAGAAGAGUUGUCCUCGCCAGCUCCGACGUCAGGAGCGGUUCAGGCGAGAAAUGUGCCCCACCAAUGACGUGA